AUGGCCAUCACAAACACCACCAGCACCGUCCAGGCCAUCUUCUCCCUCCAUGUCGUUACAGCAGGAAGUGCCAUCAUCCUUCUCCUGGUGGCCCUUGCUUUGUUCGGUCGUCAGCUUGCUGGUGGACCAGGCCGCCCACGAAGAUUUAUGAAAUUUACCAGGUCAACCGAGAAGAGGCACAGCUCUAUGGGAACUCAAAUUUUCCUCAUCACCGGUCUCUUCACCCUAAUGAUCGCCUACGCAACACAAUCCUCCAUCGUUGCCCUUCAAUCCCGUCUGAACUCACCCUUCUACAUCACAUCCGCAUACUCCUACCCCCAGUACACUGCGCCAUUCGGCAACAAUGACUCCAUCAAAUAUGGGAAAAUCAUCUCCAUCCUUUCCUUCCUCUACCAAUGCGCCAUGAUCAUCAUGAAUGCGUGCAUCGUAGGCGCCAUCUGGAUCCACGCCAACCACGUCCAGAACAACGGUACCGGUAUCAAGGAACCUGGUUUCCUAUCUUGGGUUUGGAACGGGUUCUGGAUCUUGGCUCUCCUUGCUCUUGGAUUCGCGAGUUGGGCUGUUGGUCUUGCAAGGCGUGGUAGCGGUAACAGUGCGCUUGCGUACCCCAGUUUGAUUCGCAGUGACUAUGUUGUCCGAACAUUGUACGUUACCUACGUCGCUGUUGUUAUUGCGGCUUCGACUAGUGCGACGCUUGAGGCAGUGCUGUGCUGGCUUGGUAUCAGGAAGAAUGGCGUCACUGGUAACCGCUCCAAGUCAGCUCUUACCCGCUUCGUCUUCCUCGUAACGCCUCUUGUUUGGGCCCGCAACGCCUUCUCCAUUGCGCAGCUGGUACUCAUCUACAAGAACGUGAAUAGCUAUUCGCGCACUACCAACCAGGCUCUCGCUUUUCUCUUCAUCAUCUUCGGCGAGCUGUGCGAUCUUGGCAUCCUCGCUUUGGUACUUCUGGGCGCCUGGAGCUUUGGCCGCAAGGGCGAGCAAAGGCCCGAGGUUGUCAAAGAUGCGCGUUACAGCGAGAGCAUGAGGGACAGCUCUUAUGCGGGCAACCGCGGAAGUACUUACCUCGACGGACCUGCCGGACCUACUUUUGAGGAGGGUAGAGGUCCCACCUAUGUUCCCCACGUCAACUAG